UGAACAUAAGUUAGAUCCAUCAAGAAGCAUCAGCCACUGAAAUCCACUGCUUUGGAUCGAACCCGGACAUUUUCCUCCAACAAAAUGAGGCCAACUGAGCAGGCGGUUCGACCAAGCAACUCAUGGAAGCUGAGCCCUCCGAGUUUCCCAAAAAGAACUCCCUCUAGGAUAGCUGACUCAUUGGUUUGGACCCUAUGAAUAGGGCAGCUGUAGCAUGCUGUAGCUGUUUCAUGAUAGGGGCCCAAACUGGUUCCAAGUUCAUGUUUGGAUGCGAACUCCACGAUCUAAGCUACGAGCCAAGAGGACAGACUUGGGACCAAACCCGGACAGCUCAGGUGAAUGUCUUAAAGGAAACGCGAGUAGAGGAGGAAAUGCUGAAGCUGCGUCAGAGGAACUACAAGUGGCUGGCGCGUUGCUUUUCUCACCUGGGUUUGCUCGGUGGUUUGGGUAUUCUUUGCGAGGUCCUCGCGAAGCCUGGGGCGAAGUCGAUCAUCUUUGCCGCCUGUUGGAUGGCUUCUUAUUUGCAAUACCUGCGUGUUGGGGGCGACAUGAUAGAGCUGACGCAAAAGCGCUUGAAGAUGGACUGCUUCGCGAUGCAUGUCCUGGCGCUCAUCGUCUUCAUCUCCACCGCCACGUUUGCCAGCACCUUUGAGUUUGCUCUCUUGCAAGGCUGGCAGGUGGCCGUGCGGUGCUGGCUGGUCUACACCUUCUUGGAUCCGUGGAUUUCCAUUCCCUUCCAGGUGCUUUACACCUUGACCGAAGUCUUGGCGUAUUUGCUGGUCUUCGAAAGCGCAUCUCUUCAACUCGGGCUCCUUUGUCUUGGACACUGUAUUUUCUUCGGAGUUUGCGUCUCAGCGUCAAUCUUCAUUGACACCGUCCUGCGCACGCGCAUCUACGCGCUGCUCGACAACGCCGAUGCAGAAUCUUUAGUCUCCAGCUUUGCACGAGUCCUGAGAGGUGUUUGUGAUGGAGAAGUUCUGCUUGACAGCCAGAUGAAUGUGGCAAAGGAAAGUGAGUGCUUGAAACAUCUGAUCUUGACCAACGUCAGCCUGGUGGGCCGCAGCUUUCCCCACCUCUUGGUGGAAGAGGAACGGCCUCGUUUCAACGAGUUCAUCGAAGCAUCUGCUCGAAGUACUCGCGAGGCGGCUGCGCCCUUGUGCCUGCGAGUCUCCUUUAGGGGAUCUGCCGGGAUCAGGAUUGCAGCUGAUUUGUAUCACGUGCCUGUACCAGGACUCUUUGGUGCCAGUGAGCCAUAUCAUCUCUUGGCUUUGAAGGAAGAUUUGGAUUCCAGGCCACCCCCGGACAUGAGCGAAGGCUUCACAGUACCCGAACUCUUGACCAGCUGGCAUGGCGCGAACCGCCGCUUCACCCCGCAGGGCGAGGGCGAUCAGGGCGAGAGCGGAGGGCGCGAGCCGUCCGUGCGGUCCGGAAGCACUGCACGAAGCUCUGGCGUCCACGCGUGCCCAGAGUUGCAGGAGAUGUUCUUGCUGGUGGAUGCAGCGUCACAACUGCAGGAUGUGGAACAGGUGGAGUUGAACUUUCGACGCCACGAGGAGCCAUAUGAUCUUCCCUCUGCUCUGCGCUCCAGCAUGCCCAGCUUGCGCAGACUGGUGAAGCCUACUGACUGGGAACAAGUUCGUUCAAAGGUGGCCAGGUUUGCAGAGAAGUCCUCCCAGGAUCCAGACCUUUCGCCCAAGAAGAUCCACUCCUUGGCUGUUCAGCUCCCUGGUCAAAGUGGCUGGCUGAUGGUCGAGUUGGCGACACUGCAUCGGAAUUCGGACGAAGGGAAGGUCUGGCUCCAUCUGCACGGCUUCCGGCCCGAAAGACGCCACGCGCCGCCACACGGUGGUGCGGCCCGGGGCCAUGGUGGGACCCGGCGCCGGACGGCGCGAGGGAUACCGUGCGGUUGAAGCGUCUUGAGAGACCAUGCGGAGCUCCGAGCAGGUCUCAGUUUACCCAGCCAAAGGCGAGUCUUAGCUCGGGUGUCCUCCCUAUUGACACACCCGUACAGCGCGAGGUGUGAGGAAGACCCAGACACAUCCGGACACUAUACCUGUUUGGGACUGGCAUGUGUACAUUGAGGGGUGGCUAAAGAGUGGUCAAUGUAGGCAUAGUUUGGGAAAAGUAUUUUGUUGUUUCUCGAUUCUGGAUGACUCUGAUCUUGUCAAGACGAUCAUCAUUGACAUGGAAUUGCACUGAUGAAUGACAUCGGAUGAAUGGGAGGGAAGGCCACUUCCAUCACAAUGAUGGAUUGAUUAUGAUUGAUUCACAUGGAUCCUGUUCAAAGGCUCUUACCAGCGGUGGAGCCAACGUGCGUGUACAAACAUUGUCAGAGCUUGGCUCCUUUUGCAGGGCUGCCGUUCAUUCAAAAGGGUCCGAAGAUCAUCAGGGAGCCUGUAAAGCUCGAAUUUAGAUGAACUUCGAUUCAGAAGACUGAGAAAACACAAGCCAUCUCUUAGUGCAGAAUUUGCUACCUGCCGUGGCCACCCAAAAGAGGGCGGUAGUUACAUCACUCCUGGUCAUUGAAGAUCUGGGAUGUGUUCUCAAGAUCCGCCAGACACAUGGCACAAACGAUCACAGAACGAGUACUCGGAUCCUACGAACGAACGUCCGUGUAGUCAACAAACGGACAAACGGCAGGUGGUAGGAUCAACAUAUUGAUCA